AUGGCAGGAAGUUACGUCGCGAAAUUCAACAUCCGGGGAUGUUUGUUGGUAGAAGAUUAUAAAUUCCAUGAUUCAGGUCUAAGCGUUGAGUUGACGACAGACGUUACUUUAGAGGACUGUGUUAUCAAAAUUAACUCGUACGAAUAUGUUAAAAAUCAAAUCGAAAAUCUCUCAGCAAGAAACUGUGAUGAACAAUUAUCAUUAAAAAGUGAAAUAAUGCGUAACGUUUCUUUCGUUUUUUCAGAGUACAACAAAACACUUUUGUCAGAAGUUUUGCAAGACGCCGGUGUGAGUGGAGAAACCUUUGCACAGAGCUUGUUAAAAGCAGAGGAAAAUUGCAUAUAUGAAAAUAUGACCUAUUAUGAGCGCUCGUUCAUUAAUCCAAAUUCAGGAAUGCAUAAUGAUCCCCAUUCUCAGACCCUGUACAAAAUGCCAAAUCUGAGAGUCUACAAUUUUUCUAGCAACAGUCUCCUUGAAGUACCAAGUACAUCAAAAACAAUUCGUUAUUAUUAUCCAUCAUUGGAAAUUCUGGAUUUAUCUAAUAACAAUGUGGAAGAAAUUUCAUUUUCUGCGUUAAAUUCUUCAUUGAGUACCACUCCGUUGUAUAUCGACUUGAGAAACAAUAAUAUCUCAAGCGUCAGUGAAAACCUAGUACAGGAGUUCUUGGAGAACGAUGUUAUAGUUGAUCUUAGAAACAACCCCAUCAUGUGUGACUGUAGUUCAGUGUCUCUGAAGAAGUAUCUGGUUUGGAUUUCAACUACAUGGCCAAAGUGGACUAAGACAGCAAAAGAUGUAACGUGUAGCCAGCCAUCUGAACUAGCUGACAAGUUAUUGAGUGGCUUGGAUGACCAAAUAUUAUGCAGUAUCCAGACUUAG